GUGGACGUUCAACCCAGAGAAGUUUCACACCAAUAGAGUGGCUUGAACUCCAUCCGUCGAUGUGACGUGCUCCUUGUAGACACGACCUUAAGGUCUUUUAUGACGUUUUAUUUAUUUGGAAACUGGAAAGUUCUUGGGGUUUGGUAUUUUUAGAACAAAAACAAUUAAACCCAGUAAACACAGCAGUUUUGUGAAUAGUUAGUAAAUAUUGUGGAAAAUCCCCGUAAUCUGAUCAUAAACUGCGAAGUGGUUCACUAGUAUUCCAUACUAAAAAUGGGUGGUGCAGUUAGUUCUGGCCGAAACAAUGAUGAUCUCAUAGACAACCUGCUUGAGGCUGACUACAUCAAAACCUCCCUCAUAGAGAGAGUUUUCCGAGCUGUAGACCGUGGUGAGUACUUCCUUCCCAAUGCGAGAGUUGAUGCGUACAAAGACCUGGCAUGGAAAAAUGGAAACCUGCAUAUAUCUGCACCAUGUAUUUACUCAGAAGUGAUGGAGGGAUUAGAGUUAGAGCCAGGACUAUCUUUUUUGAACCUGGGCUCAGGUACUGGUUAUUUGAGCACCAUGGUUGGACUUAUAUUGGGAUCUAGAGGAGUAAAUCAUGGAGUGGAGUUACACGAGGAUGUUAUCGAGUAUGCUUUUAAGAAACUGGAUGAUUUUAAGAAGUUUUCAGGGGCAGUCGAUGAGUUUGAUUUUUGUGAGCCUAAAUUUGUCCAAGGGAACUGUUUAUGCUUGUCAAGUGAAAACCAUGGCCUCUAUGACCGAAUUUAUUGCGGAGCUGCUUGCCCUGAGAAGCAUUUGGAAUGCAUCAAACUUCUACUAAAAAUCAAUGGGAUUUUUGUAGUGCCUGUUAAUGACCACCUAUUUCAAAUCAGAAGAUUAUCUGAAUCGAAUUGGCAAAUAACCACUUUAUUGCCAGUUUCUUUUGCUUCCUUAAUCGGACCUCCCAAAGGGUUUGAGGACGUCGUCAAACCAAUUGAAGUUGAGCCGUUGUCACUUCAGGCUCUUUGUCGAGUGGUGGUUCGGAAUAUUUUGAGAAAGAACGUAGAAAAGGAGCAUCCUCCAGUGAAGUCUACAUCAAAAGCCCCCAAGAAGAAGAGAGCUUUAAAGAGGUUGGUGGUACCUCUGUUCAAUGAUGACAGUUCAGAUGAUGAAAGACAUGUUGUGGGACUGGGGGGCCCACGAAACAGAGAAGCUGGCCGCGCUAUGUUUAGGCCAGAUAGGGAAGAUGAUGGCUUGUUUGGACUUUUCAGAAUUGGCAUGAAUCACCGUCGUGGUUCAGGUUCUGGAAGAGAUAGACCAAGCUCGCACCGUAAAAACAAGGAAACGAGGAAAAGUUUGGAAAACUUAAUGGAAGUGUCGGCUUCUAACAAUGAAAAUGGUGAAGAUGACGAUGAUAACCAGGCUGUCGCUGAGGAUAAUUCAGCUAGUAAUGGCGGUGAAUUAGAAGAACCCACAUCACACAGAGUACAGGCGGUCAUAGAACACCAUGACGAAAUGGACGACUAUAUAAGCAGAUUAGUAGGCGAAUGUCUCGAUAGGAUGGCGCCAGAGAUACAUGAAGAAGAAACUGAAGAUGAAGAGAAAAACGAGGAAAAGGAAGUAGAUCAGGAGUGCGAGCAGGACGAAUCCAAACCAGGCACGAGUGCUGAGACAAAUAAGGCAACAAAACGUGAAAAACUCGACAGUGGAAUUGGGGAUGAAAUCAUUGAAGCACACGUUUCUUCGGACGAAGGUGAUAACGUUGGUUUAGAUACGAUUUCCAGCUGCGACGAGGAUGGUGUCGCUGAAAAGAGACACAAAGGAGAUUCGAGCAUCAGCGAAACCGAAGAAGAGGACCAAAAAGAUUCAGCCAACGAAAUGCGCAUGUAUCAAAGUCCCUAUACUGAAUACAUGAGGGAGAAAAUCCAAGAGUUACCACUACCGCUUAUUUUAAAGAGAUACCUUAAUUACUAUAGAAACCUCUCGACGAAAAGAGAUGAAUAAGGAAUUUUUAAGUUCAAACUGAGUUGUGUUGUUUUAUGUUUAGUUAAGUAAGGUGGAGAUCAGUGGAAAGAGUAUCACAGAGAAGCAAAAGUAAGAGACAUAAAAGCGAAGGUUUCGAUAAUUUUAUUGUAAUUUAAUUGAGAUUUUAUAUCAAACGUGCUUAAAAAACGAAUUGUUUUGUUCUUUCUUCAUGAGAAAAGUUAUAAAUAAUCUUAAAAGUUGUAAGAACCCUGUAUAUGGGAUUUCUCUUAAAAUUAUGGUUGGUUUUAGAAAUUGCCUUCGUGAUUUUGUUGCUUCCUUUUUUAGUUAUUAAGAAUUAAUUGUUUUGUACUGAAGAUUAUUUUGCAAAUAGUAGAACAUACCUAAUAAAAAUCCUUUCCCUUCAAUAGACGCCCGGUGAGUUAAGUUGUAUUACUAAUUAUCGUUUAAAUUAGUUCUUAAGUUGUUGUUGUAAAUAUAAGAUGUUUCAACAAUACAAGCAGUUUGGAACACUUCAUAUAAUAUUCAAAUUAGAUUAGUAUCUUAUAGAUUUUUGGGUAGUUAAUGUUUUUCAAUAAAUAAUAAAUAAAAGUGUG